AACAAUGGGACGGCGAUCGCAUUUCCUUUGCGAGAGCCAACAGAUCACCAAAAAGAACUGCAAAGUUUGACCUUUUGGUGACGGGACUGAUAAAUUUUCCAAUUUGAGGCUUAUGCAUAUCCGAUAAGGUUUUGAUCCGAAUUCCACAGGAAAUUUAGUUUUUAGACAAUGCUUUUGGUUGACGUAUCGUAUGUGUGGGAAUGCUGAGCAAGGAGAUCGAGUUUGAUGAAGUUUGGGCUUCACUGGCUGCUCUGAACUACCCCUGACUCUAGAAAAGKGUGUUCCAAAGAACACUAAAAUUAUCGCGUUUAUAUCGAAGGCAAACGUGAUAAGCGCCUUUCAUGACAAGCUGACUGCCUACUUCUUCAUGGGUCUUCACGUCUCCGAUUUCUAAACAUUUAUUGAUAAAAUCAUGGAUGAGCAGUCAGUGAUCUCUCCUUCUGGUCUCAGGAGUCCUGCAAGGUAUAUUGUCAUCCAUGACUUUCAAGCCUCAAAAACCGAUGAAAUWGAUCUUUCUAAGGGUGAUGUUGUUUUGGUUGUAAAGAAAUAUAAAGAUGGCUGGUUCCGUGGAGUAAGAUGCAGAGGAUAUCAGGUUGGGUGUUUUCCAGGCAAUUUUGUUGCCAUAGAAGCCUCACCUUUGAUCCCUGAAAGACCAACAUUUCCAUUUGAUGAAGAGGCUCCUCCUCCAUUACCUCCAAAGACCAUCAUCCAACUCGAGAUCCAACUACCAACAUUUCCAUUUGAUGAAGAGGCUCCUCCUCCAUUACCUCCAAAGACCAUCAAAACAGGUGUUCUUGUAGACAUAGAAACAAGUACUAAUCAAAAUGAUGGCCUCUGCAAACUAGAAUAUCCUGCUGAUGAACCUCCUGCUCUUCCCAAGAAGCAAAGGGAAUUAAGAACUCUUGAAAUGGACAUUCAUCAAAAUGCUAAUGAGAGUGAUAAUAAACGUAGUAGUAAAGAACUUGACAAUGGCGAUGACAAUUCUAUACAGAAUGGACAUCGCAAUAGCUCUAUAUCCACAUCAUCUUUUAUGGGACUUAAAAUGCUGCAAGACAGUGCUUUAUCAAAGUACAGUGAAGACAGCUAUGAAAGAAAAAGAACAAGGGCUGCUGAAGAGCUUUUGACCUCAGAGAUGUCUUACUUCAGUGGAAUCAAUAUACUUAUAUCGAAUUAUUUAAGACCAAUCAAAGAUCUUUGUCUAAUACCAAAAGAUGAUAUUCAUAGGAUAUUUUCAAAUAUAGAGACUUUAGCUUCUAUUAGUAAAGAAAUGGUAUCUAAAUUGCAACAAAGACUUGCAAAAUGGGAUCCUGAAAAAACUGAGAUUGGUGAUGCUUUAUUAGAAGUAUUUGCAUACCUUAAAAUGUUUGAGCCAUAUUUUAAUACAAGAAAAAAAGGCAAUGAGGUGAAGUCCAAACUAGAAAAAAGCAAUGACAAGUUCAGGACUAUUGUCUCAAAGGUUAUCAAUGGGCAAACUAUGGAUUCUCUGUUAUUGAUGCCUAUACAAAGAAUUCCAAGAUAUGAAAUGCUGCUAAAAGAACUUGUUAAAAGAACAAAAGAGGAUCACCCUGAUUAUGGAAAUCUAAAAGAAGCGCUUCUUAAGUCACAGAAAGCUGCUGCAGAACUAAAUGAACAUUUAAGAAGAAUUGAAAAUGAAACAAAAAUUAUUGAAAUUAUGAAAAGCUUUCCUAAUGAUGAAUUGAAUUUAAUUCAUGUAGCAAAUCAAAUUUGUCUUGCAAGAACAUUUGGAUCUGGAAGGUUAAAGAAGCAAGAAAAAGAACAAAUGUACUCAAUUAACAAGAAAAUUAAAAGGAUGUCUUUACCAUUGGCUAGUGCUAUUGAGGUGCCACCACAAACUCCUCUAACUCGCUCCAAUACUGCUUCUCCUGUACCUGGAAGACGUCAACACUUUGAAAGUGACAGUGAUAGUGACAGUGAGCCAGAUCCUGGUUCUGUUUUGGGUGAUAAAUUUAUUACAAGYACUUACAUUUAUGAGGGUCCAGUGGAGAGAGUAACAAGAAAAGCCACAGGAUCAAGUGAAGGUGGAAUGGUGCAUGAAACUGUUGAGAGGUAUUUGUUUCUUUUCAAUGAUGUUAUACUUGUUUCAGUGGCAUCUGAUAAUGUACUUACUGGUAAAAGAACUCAUAAACUGAAAAAUGCACUGCCUCUAUCCCAGUCAUGGGUCAUGCAGUCUCAUGUGUAUUACAGCAAUCCACCUGAAAACAUGUUUCUCCUUGGUACACCAUCACAGAUUUACAAAUUUUUAGCUCCUUCAGUCAGAGAAAAACAAAUGUGGGAACAAAAACUAAAAGAUUGCAUUGUAGUAGCGAAAGAAUCUCUUCUUCAUUGUUUUAAAGGUAUCCCUUUGCCAGACCAGCAGUUUACAGCUGUCACUGUUGAAGCCAAGAUUGAUUAYAACAAAACAGUUGAUGUUGAGUUGAACCUUCGUGAAAAAGAAGAAGUUCUUGUCAUUGGUUUCAAAGAUGGCAGUGUGUGGCAACCUGGACUUUAUAAUAGUAACAUGUAUGACUUCACACUUGAAUGGUGGCCUGGUAUCCAGAAAGGGAAGUUUGGUUGGUUUCCAGCCCAGUGUGUAACUGGACCCGAUACAAUUAACCUGUCAGUAACAGAAGAAGAGGUUUGUAAGCAUUUAUAUUAUGGAACAUGUAAAGUAGAAAGUGAAUUUACAAUAGCAGAUGUUUUUAGGCAGUACACUCUUCACAAGAGCUUUUGCAAAGCUAAAAUUGACAUUGACAAUUUAGAUCUGUGGGAGGAGUCCACUGAUGGCUCAGUACAUCGACUUUUACCUCGAGAAGAAACACUGGGUCAGGUAAUUGGUACAUGGGGUCAAUAUAGGGAUAAUAUGAAGCUUGUCAUAAGAGAGAAGGGAGAAACAAGAGCAGGAUCAAAGUCAGCUAUCCUUGACAUGUAAUGUUAGGCACUCUUUGUAGAACUCAAUAGUAUUUUUUAGAAAUUUUUAAACUAAUAUUUUUAUUGUGAAUGUCUGUAAUGGCUUUYAYAUUAUUUCUAUAYGUGGAAAAGUGUAUAUUUAUCUUUYACUAGAAGUUGCAUCUUUUCUGUUAUGUGAACCACUGAAUAGUUGAAGGGAUUUAUUUUUGUUUUUCUUYAAAGUAUUCCCUUAGUACGCAGGAUUCAUCAGGAUGCAUUGUGAAUUUUUUGAGUAGGUUUGUGUAAAUAUCCCUGAUGUACUACCUUGUCGUCAUGUAUAAUUCACAUAAAUAUUGGAUUCAUUGUUGUAGCUAUUGACRACUGUUAUAAUGGCUACCACUAAUUAGCUAUUAUCAUUUAGUUCAGAGGCAGAAAAAACAUCAAAACAAGGCUACAGUACAAAUGCCUUAGCAAAGAAUUGCAUACAAAUUCUUUUUUUUUUAAUUUUCCAAAAAUUCAUAUUUCCAAAUAGUUUUUCCUCUGAAAGUGCUUGAUUUUCCAUAAUAUUGUCAAUCAUGGUAAGCACUUACGAAUCAAAAUUGUCUACAUUUUUAGGCUUGAAUCAAAAUAACACAGUCAUACAUGUUGUMUACUUGCAAAUUUAGCAAUGGUGUAUAAUAAAAAUAAUGAUAUUUACAAAUUUAGCAAUAAUAUUAUAAGAAUACAUUUUCCUUUAAAAAGAGGUUUGCUUCCUUUUGAGCUUUUUUUAUUUUUCACUGAAUUUGAAUGCCAUUGUUAUCAGUUAAAUCAUAUAAAAUGAUACUACAAGUUAUUUUAAAUUAAAAUUUAUUUAGUUAUAUUGAAUUUGCAAAAUUAAAUUGGAAUUUGUUUAUUCGAAUUACUUUUUUAACACAAAAUAGUUUUCAGAUCAAUGGUAAACAUGUAGUUAAUGUGAUACAUGAGAUAAGAGAGUCCCUAAGAAGUAGAGCCAAACUCUGUUCUUUUCUUUUCCUUGAUUACAGUGCAACUUGCUUGUUUUUACAUGAAUUAUUGCCAGCCAUAUAUGCAAUGGAAAUGCUUUACUCAGUAGAGGCUGCUUAUGUCAGUUGCAAAGUCAUCACAUACAUGUAGUUGUCAAGAAACAAAAUCAAAAACUUUAUAUUAUGCUUUGUACACAAGGUAGUCUCCUUGCAGCCAUGUCUCCUUGCAGCCAUGUUUAGUUUCAUUCACAUGUAAUGCARCCUCUCAACCAAAACUAAACAUGGCUAGAUAGUCUAAGAGGAGACUAUACGUAAGGUGGAGUGCACAGCAAGUAGGUAAAAAAAGGUUGGCUGUACUUUACUAAAAAGUGAAAUAGGGCCUUAGACCAAUAGUGGUAUAAUAAAACAUUAUAUUUUUGACAGCAAUGGCUGUGCUUACCUCUGUCUUCCAAUAUAAAUAUGGUGGGAAAUGGACAGCCCAACUCAAAAGAACUUUGAAUGCAUCAACAUUUCUCAAGCAGUGUUUGUAUGCCAGAGAAUAGAGACACAAGCAGCUGCUUUCUAGUUCUUAAUUUUAAAACCAUCCUAACAUUUUCAAGCACACUAGUCUAUUGCAAAACACUCUGGAAAACUAUGACUCUUAUUAAAUUGUUUUCCUAAUAAGGAGUGCUUGCUUAAUGAUAAUAUCGAAGUCUUUAAAAUGCUGUUGUAUAUACUGUGAUAGAAAUUCCAAACAGUAAGUGAUCAUUAUUAUACAGUUAGUAGUAGAUAAAAGAAWUGCUGUACAAAGUAUUUGUGAAUAAAUUGAUAAUAAAGAAAUUUUAUGGAAAUAUAUCCCAAUCA